UUGUUUAUACUCCACUUUACCUUGCUUUCUCAAUCACCGAAAUCGACCCAUAAAGGUAAAUUCGUAAACCCUAAAGAGAGAAACCGCGAGUGUGUGUGUGUGAGGUAAAGAUCGCAAAAACCUGCGUAAAACGUUUCCCUCUUUUGAAACCCCAAUUGCGAAGAAGAUGGUGGACUUUAGUAGAGUGCAAAAGGAGCUUCAAGAAUGUAACAGAGACAUUAAUGUCUCGGGUAUAAGCGUAAACCCUAAAUCCGACAAUCUCACCAAUUUGAUCGGCACAAUUCCCGGCCCGAUUGGUACUCCGUACGAAGGCGGAACCUUCAAGAUUGAUAUCAAUUUACCUGAUGGAUACCCUUUUGAGCCACCAAAGAUGAAAUUCGCAACUAAAGUUUGGCACCCAAACAUCAGCAGCCAAAGUGGAGCCAUUUGUUUGGACAUUUUGAAGGAUCAAUGGAGUCCAGCACUUACUUUGAAGACAGCUCUUCUUUCCAUACAGGCUUUACUCUCUGCCCCUGAACCUGAUGAUCCACAAGAUGCUGUUGUAGCUCAACAAUAUCUUAAAGACUACCAGACUUUUGCAAGCACAGCUCGAUACUGGACAGAGUCUUUUGCAAAAACAUCAUCUCUUGGGGUUGAAGAGAAGGUACAAAAGCUUGUGGAGAUGGGGUUCCCUGAAGGGUUGGUUAGGAGUACUCUGGAAGUUGUUGGUGGUGAUGAAAAUAUGGCUUUAGAGAAGUUAUGUUCUGGCUAAAAUAUAUGAAUUAUUAUAUAUUAUAUGUAGUCGAAUUUAAAUUCUCAUUUGUGAACACACGAAAACUUUUGAAAAUGAAAAAUAUUUGUUAUCAGAAGAA